AUGUUCUGUCCAAGAUCACUGCACUUCCCCAAAAGCUCCUUUACCUUCUCUUCGUUCUCCCACCGCUUCACCUGUAACUACAAGAAUAUUGUUGAAAUGGCGCGAUCUUCAUUGGAUGAGAUAUCAGACUCCGGAGCGUUCACGAGAACUGCUUCCACAUUCCGACAAUUCGUUUCCAGGGAUCUUAAUUCCCAAUUUCCGGCUGAGUCAGGAAGGUAUCAUCUCUACAUAUCAUAUGCUUGUCCUUGGGCUUGCAGAUGCCUAGCUUAUUUGAAGAUCAAAGGACUUGACAAAGCCAUCAGUUUCUCGGCGGUCAAACCGAUAUGGGGAAUAACGAAAGAAUCAGAUCAACAUGUGGGAUGGGUUUUUCCUGAAUCGAAUACCGAGGUUCUUGGAGCUGAACCCGAUCCCCUGAAUGGAGCAAAGAGUGUUAGAGAACUUUAUGAAAUCGCAAGUACAAACUACUCCGGAAAGUUCACCGUUCCAAUUCUGUGGGAUAAGAAACUCAAGACAAUCGUUAACAACGAAAGCUCGGAGAUAAUCCGCAUGUUUAAUACUGAAUUCAACAAUAUUGCAGAGAAUCCCGCUUUGGAUCUGUAUCCCACUGAAUUGAGAGCACAAAUUGAUGAAACGAAUGAGUGGACAUAUCAUGAUAUAAACAACGGUGUUUAUAAAUGUGGAUUUGCAAAGAAACAGGAGCCAUAUGUUGAUGCUGUUACACGAUUAUAUGAAGCUUUGGACAAAUGCGAAGAUAUACUAAGCAAGCAACGCUAUAUAUGUGGCAACAAGCUUACUGAAGCAGACAUUCGAUUGUUUGUCACACUCAUUCGAUUUGACGAGGUUUAUGCGGUUCACUUUAAGUGUAACAAGAAGCUACUGCGGGAAUACCCGAAUAUCUUCAACUAUACCAAAGAUAUUUUCCAAGUUCCUGGCAUUAGUAGAACGGUGAACAUGGAACAUAUAAAGUUACAUUACUAUGGAAGUCAUCCUUCUAUCAAUCCAUUUGGGAUCGUUCCUGUGGGACCAAAUAUCGAUUAUUCUGCUCCCCAUGACAGAGAAAAGUUUUCUGCUUAG